GGUGUUGUUGGGUUUGUUGUUUUUGGGUUGAACGCAACGAGGAAGUAGACCCACUUCAGUACGACAGCUGACGUUCACAAACUAUCUAAGGCACGGUUUGGACCAAAACAUGGCUUCGAUGUGAUUGAUACUUCGUCCUGAUAGUUUUAUAUGAACACAUAAUGUGUGUGUGAAGCUACAGUGUACUACAGCCAGCAAUGUUUUUAGGGAUAAAUCCUAUCCUCAGCAUUCCUUGGAUAUCUAAAGGAAAUGAUUGAUCUGUUUUGAAGUAGAAUUACCAAAAGCAAAGUUCAGACAGUUAAGGGCUUCUCAGAGCUGUGAACCAAAGCUUUCCUCAGCUUUAAAUUGACUUUUGGAUUUUAAAAUUACAUUUAAACAAAUCGUCUGGUUUAUAUAUCAGUCACACUUAGUCUUGGAUUAUUUCUUUUCACGCCAUGGAGGUUAUACGCCCCAGUUCCAACUCUUCUGUGCCUCCUCCUUUCCCAAUAAUGCCAGCUAUGGCUCCGUCUGUACAGCUUGGAGUCACCAUCCUUUACACUUGCCUGUAUGGAGCUCUGUUCCUGAUAGUGUACAUCCAGCUCUGGUUGUUGUUAUUCUGUCGUCAUAAGAGAUGGAGCUACCAGAGUGUUUUUCUGUUCCUCUGCCUGUUUUGGGCAGCCCUCCGUACUACUCUGUUUUCCUUUUACUUCGGUGAUGCUGUUGCCGCCAACCACCUGCCCACUCCGAUCUACUGGCUCCUCUACUGUUGCCCCGUGUGCCUCCAGUUCUUUACUCUGAGCCUCAUCAAUCUCUACUUUACGCAGGUCUUGCUCAAAGUUAGAGACUCGUUUAGUAUCGAACCCAGGAACCGAUUGUAUGUGGCCCGCUGUGUGUAUGCAACCAUGAGUGUGGUCUUCUUAUGUGUCAACGUGGUUUGUGCCAGCCUCGGGGAGAGAGGGGACACAGGCAGGGUCAGGAACAAAACCUGGACGCUGGUACUAGUCCGUGUCUUGGUAAAUGACCUCCUUUUCAUCAUCGAGGCUGUGUGUCUGGCCACUUCGCUGCUGCUCCUGACUCGGUUCUCUCCCACCACCAGCCCUUAUUUACACAGUAAGGGGACCAGCCUUUGCAGGACAGCUGUAUUAGGAGCAGGUGUGAUCCUUCUGUUCCUCAGCAGAGCGUGCUAUAACCUUACCGUACUCAUCAUGUCACAGAAUUACAAGGUGGAGUCCUUCGGCUUUGACUGGUACAACAUCUCGGAUCAGGCUGAUCUUCGUAAUGAUCUCGGAGACAUGGGCUACAUUAUUUUCGGAGCGAUUCUUUUCAUAUGGGAGCUCCUCCCCACAAGCCUGCUGAUUCUCAUCUUCAGAGUGCCACGUCCUCAUAAAGAAAUGAACUGUAGUCCUGCCGUCAACACAAGAGCUUCACGCUCAUAUUUCUUUGAUGAUCCACGAGGGAUGGAUGGUGACACGAACGCUACUUGGUCUUACAGCAUACGCCCUAAUAGCAGCUGGUUUGGCUCCAGUGAGACGACGCCGUUGUUGUUCAACAGGACAGAUCAGAUGAACCAGCAUCACUCCCUCUACUCCACUCCACAGACUUGAGCACUCCACAGGAGGGAUUUUAAGGGAUUUGGCAUUGACUAUUCUCAGGCAAUAAUGCAUCAGUACCUCAGCGUGUGGAGCCCAAUAGGUGAUAUUUGCACUGAAACCUGGUCACACACUCGCGCACAACAUUUUCAUGUUUCCAACUUAAUAGCUAUAGCAGUGUUUUAAGGAUGCUUGCAGGCUCUAUUCUGUUUACAUAAACUAGGACCACUAAAGGACUCUUCCCCCGACUCACUUAAACUUGUCAAAGUUUUUUGUACAAUUUUUUUUUUUUUUUUUUUUUUUUAAAAAGUGAAGAGAAACCAUAUUAGCACAGUUGACUGUGAUGCUUAAUGUACAGGUGGUUUUUCAGACUGAGGAAUUUUCAUUUUAAAUGUGUUUAACAUGAACAAUUUAACUGUUGGUCUUUUUUUUGCUGUAUUUGAAUAAUUUUCUAAUUUAAUUGCAUUAUAACAAGAAAAAUGAAGACUUAUUAUUAUGAAGUAUUUUUACAUUAUUAAGGAGUUUUAAAAAAACUGUGCGAGAUGAAUGAUUUAUUCUGCAUUAUUUACAGAUCUUCCUAUUAAAAUACUUUAUACAGUAUGUACACUUUGUUAAUUUAUGCCACGCUUGAUGGUAAAUUCUCCCCAUCAAUGGAUCAGAUCAGAUCUAAAGAAAAUUCAAACAGCCAGAAAUAAUCGAAAGCCAAAAAAUACCAAAAAAAAAAAAAAAUCCAUCUUUAACAACACAUUCUUACUUAUUUCAGUGAUCAUUUUGUGGGCUUGCAGGGGGGGGGGGG